GCCCCCUGAGCGUGCCUAGUGUGUGUUGGCACUUGUAGUGGGUAAGUCGGGCCAGGAGGCGUACGGGGCACAGUGCCUGGAGAUGGACUAAUUCUAACACCCGCUAGCCAAGACUACCACACCACCACCACCACUAAACUGCCACUAGUUGCUUCUUCAGUGGCCUCUCCUAUUCCCAGUGGCUCUAAAGUGCUUCACAGACUCUUUCUUAUCCAUCUAACGAUGAUCCAUGCGGACUUUGAUAUCUAAAAAUCCGUGCCAGUUCGCUGACUGUCGACCACGGACACUGCCAUCACCCACAGGCACUGACGCAGCACAAGGAACAAGUAAAAGAGGCCCUAGCGACUGGCUGCUGUGAGUGCCUAGUGAACAGCAGUAGCAACAGCAGCAGCAGACAGCACAGCACAACACACUUACCCCGCGUCACACACCCCGCCAGCCACCAUAACAGACGAGAACCAGCCCCCACAGCCACCCUCCGUCAUGGAAGGUGAAGAGAAGAACAAGAACAAGUCUGCUGGAGGUGGUGGAGGCGGGGGAGAGGGAGGAGGAGGAGGAGGAGGAGGCGUGGGCACGGAGAUGACCCAAUAUGGUCUCAACGGUACCUCCCCGCAGACGCCCAACGAUGCCAACCUGGUCACCUUCGAGGACGAGAUGGCUCUCCGUGGUGCCUGGAGCAGUCACCUCGACUUUAUCCUCUCGCUCGUCGGCAACGCUAUCGGUAUUGGCAACGUGUGGCGCUUCCCUUACCUCUGUUACAAGAACGGUGGUGGUGCCUUCCUGAUCCCGUACAUGCUGACGGUGUUGUGCUGCGGGGUACCUACUUUCUUUCUGGAGGUGUCCAUGGGGCAGUUCCUGGGCACUGGCGGCCUCACUGUCUGGCGAAUUUCUCCCAUUUUUAAAGGUGUUGGCUACGGAGCGGCGGUCAUGUCAGUCUGGCUUAACAUCUACUACAUCAUCGUCUUAGCCUGGGGUCUUUUCUACUUCUUCAUGUCUCUCACCUCCCAGUUGCCGUGGGGGUCGUGUGACAACUGGUGGAACACUGCCACCUGUGUGUCGCCCUACGCCCGUAGUGACCUGGAGUGCUGGGAGGAGUCCUUCAACACCACGGCCAACCAGUCGUUCUGCAGGGUGGGCAACCUCUCCCGGGUCCACGUCCUUAAUAUCACCGACCCUGUCAAGGAGUUCUGGGAAAAACGGGCGCUUCAGAUUUCGGAAGGCAUUGAUCACCCUGGCACCGUACGCUGGGACCUGGCACUCACUCUCCUCGUAGCCUGGAUCCUUUGCUACUUCUGCAUCUGGAAGGGAGUCAAAUGGACUGGAAAGGUUGUGUACUUCACAGCACUCUUCCCGUACCUGCUGAUGUUUAUCCUGUUCAUCCGAGGCGUGACUCUUCCCGGCGCCAUGACUGGAAUUCGCUACUACCUCAUCCCCGAUAUCGACAAACUGAAGGAUAUCACGGUGUGGGUGGAGGCAGUGUCGCAGGUGUUCUGGUCCUAUGCACUUGUCCUGGGCUCCCUCAUCGCUCUGGGUUCCUACAACAAAUUUGAUAAUAACUGCUACCGCGACUCUCUCAUCCUGUGCACCAUCAACUCGUGCACCUCCUUCUUCGCCGGCUUCGUCAUCUUCUCGGUGGUAGGCUUCAUGGCAGAGCAACAGCAGAAGGAAGUGGCAGACGUGGCCGCGUCAGGUCCCGGCCUGGCCUUCCUGGCUUAUCCGUCAGCAGUACUGCAGCUGCCUGUGUCGCCGCUCUGGUCUGCACUCUUCUUCCUCAUGUUUCUUAUGCUGGGACUCGACUCUCAGGUAGAAACUCAAGCAUUAGAAAGUUACAACAGCAUAGAAUUAGAAAGUUACAACAGCAUAGAAUUAGAAAGUUACAACAGCAUAGAAUUAGAAAGUUACAACAGCAUAGAAUUAGAAAGUUACAACAGCAUAGAAUUAGAAAGUUACAACAGCAUAGAAUUAGAAAGUUACAACAGCAUAGAAUUACAAAGUUACAAAAGCAUAGAAUUAGAAAGUUACAACAGCAUAGAAUUAGAAAGUUACAACAGCAUAGAAUUAGAAAGUUACAACUGCAUAGAAUUAGAAAGUUACAACAGCAUAGAAUUAGAAAGUUACAACAGCAUAGAAUUAGAAAGUUACAACAGCAUAGAAUUAGAAAGUUACGACAGCAUAGAAUUAGAAAGUUACAACAGCAUAGAAUUAGAAAGUUACAACAGCAUAGUAUUAGAAAGUUACAACAGCAUAGAAUUAGAAAGUUACAACAGCAUAGAAUUAGAAAGUUACAACAGCAUAGAAUUAGAAAGUUACAACUGCAUAGUAUUAGAAAGUUACAACAGCAUAGUAUUAGAAAGUUACAACAGCAUAGAAUUAGAAAGUUACAACAGCAUAGUAUUAGAAAGUUACAACAGCAUAGUAUUAGAAAGUUACAACAGAAUAGAAUUAGAAAGUUACAACAGCAUAGUAUUAGAAAGUUACAACAGCAUAGUAUUAGAAAGUUACAACAGCAAUAGAAUUAGAAAGUUACAACUGCAUAGUAUUAGAAAAGUUACAACAGCAUAG